UAUCCGUCCAUAUCAGCCGAUCCGGAUGCAUGCGCGGUCAAUUCUGAUUCGCCGAACGGUAACGCUGUUGCCUACUCGGUCAAAAAUAUCGAAUCCUACCCGUUAGAAAACCCCCCGGGGUUUCGUGUGAUACAUCCCAAACCCUUGACCGGGCUGCCUGCCUACUCCCCCGCUCCCCUCUCAACCAGGUCAAAUCCGUGUGCUGGAUGAAGGAUUCUUGUUUUUCAGCUCCAUCUCCAUCUCCAUCGGUUGAGGAACUCCUUACUGAAUCUUGAGGAUUUCUUGCUUCUUGCGCCAUGAAUAAUCUUCUUACGGAUUCUUUUGAGCUUGCUCGAGAUGGAGCUUCAGGAUUCGGAGAUAUCGAAAUGGGAAGGCAAGUUUCGGUAAAUUCAUCUGAGCAGGGAUUUGAAGGUUUCUUCACACAGGUCCAAGACGUUGAAAAACAAAUCGACAAACUAUCUCAGCUCUUGAAGAACCUCCAGGAUGCCAAUGCGGAGUCAAAAACAGUGCUACAGGCAGCAGCCAUGAAAGAACUGAAGCACCGCAUGGACAAAGACAUCGAUGAAGUUUUGAGAGUUGCUCGCUCAGUAAAAUCGAAACUCGAAGAACUAGACAGAGAUAACCUAGCCAACAGGAAGAAACCUGGAUGUGGAAAAGGAUCUAGUGUGGAUCGAUCAAGAACUGCAACUACAGUAGGAUUAAAGAACAAGUUGAAAGAAAGGAUGAACCAGUUUCAGGCUCUCAGGGAAACAAUACAGAGGGAAUAUCGAGAGAUCCUGGAAAGAAGAGUCUAUACAGUCACAGGCACUCAUACAGAUGAAGAGACAAUAGAUCGUUUGAUAGAAACAGGAAAUGGUGAGCAAAUAUUUGCCAAAGCAAUUCAGGAGCAAGGACGAGGACAGAUAAUAGACACACUCGCAGAAAUACAAGAACGUCAUGACGUAGUGAGAGACAUAGAAAGGAAGCUUUUGGAGUUACAACAGAUAUUCUUGGACAUGGCGGUGUUGGUUGAUGCACAAGGUGAAAUGCUAGAUAACAUUGAAUCUGAGGUUGGAAAAGCUGAUGAUUAUGUAACCUCUGGUGUGGGUCAACUUGUGAAGGCGAAGAGGCUGCAGAGGAACACACGUAAAUGGACAUGCAUAGGAAUGCUUAUUCUUAUCGCAAUCAUCGCAGCCAUAGUUCUCGGGAUAGUCAGACCAUAAACUUGCAAGUUUAUAAAAAGGAUUGUCCAUGUGUUGCUAGAUUUGCACUUGUGUUUGCUCAUUUUAUUUCCAUUUUCUAUGUGCGAGAUUGUCUUGUAAAUUUCUUUCUUCCUUUUUCAUUCUAUGACAUUUUUUAAGUGGGAUUGCUUGGAAUUCUUGAGAUUGUUUUAGGGGAAAACUAUGUGGUUUAGAUAAUCCUCUUUACCCACUAUCA